UGUCAAAAUGAUCGAACGUAUAAAAUGUCAAAUGAAAUCACAACCGAUCAGAGCCCCGACAAAUUAACCGUUGAAAGCACACGGGACAUCCAAAGUUAUGUUUCGAAAGCAUCCUUAUUCAAACAACAGAGAAAUGUCCAGUCCAUUCCAUCGAUCGCAUGCAGAAUAUGCCACACGAACACCGUUAACGAAGGCCUUAUAUCACCGUGCAACUGCAAGGGAACAUUGGCAUACGUCCAUUUAUCCUGCUUAGAGAGAUGGCUAAAUCAAUCCAGCAGAAGUUAUUGUGAAUUGUGCAUGUACCGCUACAGCUCGAUAGAAACCAAGAGAUACAAGCUGUGUGAAGGUCUGAGGCUUUGGAUAAGCCAUCCGAGGAAUCGGGGCCACGUUCGAUCCGAUUUGCUCAUCGGCGUUUUAUUGACUCUGGUAACGUCUGGAUUGAUAGCUUCGAGUGUGGUGGGGAUGGAGCACUUCGUUUCGGAAGGGAACAAACUGGGUGUGCAGAAGAAGUGGAUUAAGACUGGAGUGUGCUUGUUUCUUGUGGCUGUAGUCGUGGGUUAUAUGGUGACUCUUUAUCUCAUCGGGAAGGACCAUUUCUUGCCGUGGUACAGGUGGUGGAAAAACACAGUGAAUAUACGAUUGAUAUUGCCUCAGAGAGUUAGUUGUAAAUUAUUCAUGAGAAACGACAGUACGCAAAUUUAAUGAGAUGUGAUUCAGUUACCAAUAUAAAUGUUUCCAAUAUAUGCUUAUAAAUGAA